AUGGUGCAGUUCUUGGUAGUAGGAUCGCUACUAGUAGCCCUAACCCUGAGUAGUGUUCAGGGUGGUGGAGUAGCCGUUCAACCCUGUUCCGGUGGACGACCGGCACCAACGGAAGUACGCGUCGACGGUUGCGCUGAGCAGCCGUGCGAUCUGGUUCGGGGAACGGACGCGAUCAUGGAAAUGGACUUCACAGCACCGUUUGCUGCGACCAAUCUUCGCACGGAAGUGACGGCCACGGCUCUCGGGGUGACGGCCCCGUUCGAGUUACCAGCGGACCGUGCCGCAGCCUGCAACUGGUUACAAAAUACUCAGUGCCCUGUUAGUGCCAACGAGGACAUAACGUACCGGCUGCAAAUGCCCGUUCUGAUUAUUUAUCCUCGCGUUAGUCUCAUACUAGAGGUCAACCUAGUCGACGAAAACUUGCGAUCGUUGGCAUGUUUUGUCCUUCAAGCACGCGUUGUAUCUGGUCGCACAACCCAAACUUGA